AUGUCUUUCAUCAAGUCUGCCAAGUCCAUUCUUCCAACUCUUGACAGGGUUCUCGUUCAAAGAAUCAAGGUUCCUCAACAAACCUCUUCCGGUAUCUAUAUUCCAGAACAAAACUUACCAAAGAACAACGUUGCCACCGUUAUUGCAGUCGGUCCUGGCUUCAAGACUGCAGAGGGCAAACUAAUUGAGCCUACCUUGAAUGCCGGCGACAAGGUGCUCAUUCCUCAACACGGCGGUACCCCAGUCACCGUUGAGAAGGACGAAUUUUUACUCUUCAGAGAUGCUGAUAUUCUUGCCAAGAUCAAUGAAUAG